AUACACAAAGUAUAUAUACAUACUCCUAUAUAUACACAUUCACAUAUACACACAUGCUGUGUUCACAGCCACUUAGAUGACAUAUAUAUACAUGCUUACACAAUACCCUUAUAUGUACACAAUGUAUCUACACCCAUACACUACCAUGUACACAUGUCCAUUUGUACACAGCUGUAUAUGUACACACACAAUUUUGCACACACCUGUAUAUGUAUACAAUGUAUAGAUCCCCAGAUCCACAUUACACACAAUGUGUACACAUCCAUCUGUGUAUACACACCCACCGGUGAACACAACGUAGACACAUCUGUAUAAACACACUCGAGAUACAUGCCUAUGCACAUAGGCAAGUAUGUGCCAAGUAUUUACCCACCCGAAAUAAAAGCACACUCACAUGCACCCAUGCAAUGCCUGCACACAACCGCAUGGCCACAUUCACCCACGCCCCGGGCCUCCAUCUCUCAGCUAACGUGUCCUGUUUUCCUCCCCUGACAGCCAUGCUGGUCACUCAGAUGCCUUUCUCCUUUUCCAUGGCCUACUUCAUCCUCUUUGUCUUUACGGUUUCCACUAUAUUUCACAUUCAGCAGCGGCUAGCGAAGUUUCAAGCCAUGUGGGAGUUACCGGUGCAGAUACCAGGGCUGGCCUCAACAACAAAGGCACUGCAACCCAGCCAGCUCAGGGGGAUAUGGACGAUCAAUGCUAUAGGCCGCCUGGGGAACCAGAUGGGUGAGUACGCCACGCUGUAUGCCCUGGCCAAGAUGAACGGGCGGCCCGCCUUCAUCCCCGCCCAGAUGCACAGCACCCUGGCCCCCAUCUUCAAAAUCACCCUGCCGGUGUUGCACAGCGCCACGGCCAGCAGCAUCCCCUGGCAGAACUACCACCUGAACGACUGGAUGGAGGAGAAGUAUCGCCACAUCCCAGGGGAGUAUGUCCGCCUCACGGGCUACCCCUGCUCCUGGACCUUCUACCACCACCUCCGCCACGAGAUCCUCCAGGAGUUCACCCUGCACGACCACGUGCGUGAGGAGGCCCAGAAGUUCCUGCGGGGCCUGCAGGUGAACGGGAGCCGGCCGGACACCUUUGUAGGGGUCCAUGUUCGCCGAGGGGACUAUGUCCAUGUCAUGCCAAGAGUGUGGAAGGGGGUGGUAGCCGACCGGCGAUACCUACAGCAGGCCCUGGACAUGUUCCGAGCUCGCUACAGCUCCCCGAUCUUUGUGGUCACCAGUAAUGGCAUGGCCUGGUGUCGGGAGAACAUUGACACCUCCCACGGUGAUGUGGUGUUUGCUGGCGAUGGCAUUGAGGGCUCACCUGCCAAAGACUUUGCACUGCUCACACAGUGUAACCACACCAUCAUGACCAUCGGGACGUUCGGGAUCUGGGCCGCCUACCUCGCGGGCGGAGAUACCAUCUACCUGGCCAAUUACACCCUCCCCAACUCCCCUUUCCUCAAAAUCUUUAAACCAGAGGCAGCCUUCCUGCCAGAGUGGACGGGGAUCGCUGCAGACCUGUCCCCCUUACUCAAGCACUAAUGCUGGCCAGUCCUUUGAUACCCUUUCUCCUCCUCUGGCUCCCUCAAGGUGAGUGCCAGGGCAUGAGAAGCACAUGGUUCCACGAGGAGGACCCUUCUCUCUUCUGUGAAGAUGCUUUGGGCUGCAAGUAACAGAAAUCUCAAUGAACAGUGGCCUGGCGUGGUAGCUCACACCUGUAAUCCCAGCACUU